UAAUUGCCAGUGUCUCUUAGGAGUAGGUACUUGGAGUUCAGGGACCCCAACUGGUGACAAUGACAGCAGAUGAGUUGGUUUUCUUUGUGAAUGGCAGAAAGGUGGUGGAGAAAAAUGCUGAUCCAGAAACAACUUUGUUGGCCUACCUGAGAAGAAAGUUGGGGCUGAGCGGGACCAAGCUUGGCUGUGGAGAAGGGGGAUGCGGUGCUUGCACGGUGAUGCUUUCCAAGUAUGAUCAUUUCCAGAACAAGAUCGUUCACUUUUCUGCCAAUGCCUGCCUGGCCCCCAUAUGCUCCUUGCACCAUGUUGCUGUGACGACUGUGGAAGGAAUAGGAAGCACCAAGUCAAGGCUGCAUCCAGUGCAGGAGAGAAUUGCCAAAAGCCAUGGCUCUCAGUGUGGAUUCUGCACCCCCGGCAUCGUCAUGAGCAUGUAUACACUGCUCCGGAACCAGCCCUCGCCCACCAUUGAGGAAAUUGAGAAUGCCUUCCAAGGAAACCUCUGCCGCUGCACAGGUUACAGGCCCAUCCUUCAGGGCUUUCGGACCUUCGCCCGGGAUGGUGGAUGCUGUGGAGGAAAUAAGGACAACCCAAACUGCUGCAUGAACCAGAAGAAAGACCACACACUUAUUCUCUCACCAUCUUUAUUCAAACCAGAGGAGUUCACCCCCCUAGAUCCCACCCAGGAACCCAUCUUUCCCCCAGAGUUGAUGAGGCUGAAAGACACUCCUCGGAAGCAACUGCGCUUUGAAGGGGAGCGUGUGACAUGGAUCCAGGCCUCAUCCCUGAAGGAGCUGCUGGACCUUAAAGCUGAGCAUCCUGAUGCCAAACUGGUGGUGGGGAACACGGAGAUUGGCAUUGAGAUGAAGUUUAAGAACAUGCUGUUCCCUCUGAUUGUCUGCCCAGCCUGGAUCCCUGAACUGAACUCAGUGCAGCAUGGACCCGAGGGUAUCUCCUUUGGAGCUGCUUGCUCCCUGAGUUCUGUGGAACAGAUCCUGGUUGAUGCGGUUGCUAAUCUUCCUGUCCAAAAAACAGAGGUGUUUAGGGGAGUCCUGGAGCAGAUGCGUUGGUUUGCUGGGAAGCAGGUCAAGUCUGUGGCGUCCAUCGGAGGGAACAUCAUCACCGCCAGCCCCAUCUCUGACCUCAAUCCUGUGUUCAUGGCGAGUGGGGCCAAGCUGACCCUCGUGUCCAGAGGCACCAGGAGAACUGUUCGAAUGGAUCACACCUUCUUCCCUGGCUACAGAAAGACCCUGCUGAGCCCAGAGGAGAUACUGCUUUCCAUAGAGAUCCCCUACAGCAGGGAGGGUGAGUUUUUCUCAGCAUUCAAGCAGGCCUCUCGGAGAGAAGAUGACAUUGCCAAGGUGACCAGCGGUAUGAGAGUUUUGUUCAAGCCAGGAACUGCAGAGGUUGAGGAGCUGGCCCUUUGCUAUGGUGGAAUGGCCAAUAGAACCAUUUCAGCCCUCAAGACCACUCAGAAGCAGUUGUCCAAGUUCUGGAAUGAGGAGCUGCUGCAGGAGGUGUGUGCAGGCCUGGCUGAGGAGCUACACCUGCCCCCUGAUGCCCCUGGUGGCAUGGUGGACUUCCGACGCACUCUCACCCUCAGCUUCUUCUUCAAGUUUUACCUGACGGUGCUUCAGAAGCUGGGCAAGGAAAACCCAGAAGAUAAGUGUGGUAAACUGGAUCCCACCCAUGCCAGUGCCACUUUACUCUUCCAGAAAGACCCUCCAGCCAACACACAGCUCUUCCAAGAGGUGCCCAAGGGUCAGUCUGAGGAGGACAUGGUGGGUCGGCCUGUGCCCCACCUGGCUGCAAACAUGCAGGCUUCUGGGGAGGCUGUGUAUUGUGAUGACAUCCCUCGCUACGAGAAUGAGCUCUCUCUCCGACUGGUCACCAGCACCAAGGCCCAUGCCAAGAUCAAGUCCAUAGAUACGUCAGAGGCUAAGAAGGUGCCUGGAUUUGUUUGCUUCCUCUCAUCUGACGACAUUCCUGGGAGUAACGUAACAGGACUUGGCAAUGAUGAAACAGUCUUUGCAAAGGAUGAGGUUACUUGUGUUGGGCACAUCAUUGGUGCUGUGGUCACUGACACCCCAGAACACGCCCAGAGAGCUGCUCAAGGGGUGAAAAUUACCUAUGAAGAACUUCCAGCCAUUAUCACAAUUGAGGACGCCAUAAAGAACAACUCCUUUUAUGGAUCUGAGCUGAAGAUUGAGAAGGGAAACCUCAAGAAGGGGUUUUCCGAAGCAGAUAAUGUUGUUUCAGGAGAGUUGUACAUUGGUGGCCAAGAGCACUUCUACCUGGAGACUCACUGUACCAUCGCGGUCCCAAAAGGCGAGGCAGGGGAGAUGGAGCUCUUUGUAUCUACUCAGAACACUAUGAAGACCCAGAGCUUUGUUGCAAAAAUGUUGGGGGUUCCAGCAAACCGGAUUGUGGUUCGAGUGAAGAGAAUGGGAGGAGGCUUUGGAGGGAAAGAAACCCGGAGCACUGUGGUGUCCACUGCGGUGGCCCUGGCUGCAUACAAGACCGGCAGACCUGUGCGCUGCAUGCUGGACCGUAACGAGGACAUGCUGAUUACUGGUGGCAGACAUCCCUUCCUGGCCAGAUACAAGGUUGGCUUCAUGAAGACCGGAAAGAUUGUGGCUCUGGAGGUAGAUCAUUUCAGCAAUGCGGGGAACACCCUGGAUCUCUCUCAAAGCAUAAUGGAACGAGCUCUAUUCCACAUGGACAACUGCUAUAAAAUCCCCAACAUCCGGGGCACUGGGCGGCUGUGCAAGACCAAUCUGCCCUCCAACACAGCCUUCCGGGGCUUUGGAGGACCUCAGGGGAUGCUCAUUGCUGAGUAUUGGAUGAGUGAAGUCGCAGUGACCUGCGGGCUGCCUGCAGAGGAGGUGCGGAGGAAAAACCUGUACAAAGAAGGGGACCUGACACACUUUAACCAGAGGCUUGAGGGGUUCACCUUGCCCAGGUGCUGGGACGAAUGUCUAGCAAGUUCUCAGUACCAUACUCGGAAGAGUGAGGUUGACAAGUUCAACAAGGAGAAUUGCUGGAAAAAGAGAGGAUUGUGUAUAAUUCCUACCAAGUUUGGAAUAAGCUUCACAGUUCCUUUUCUGAAUCAGGCAGGAGCCCUAAUUCACGUGUAUACAGAUGGCUCUGUGUUGCUGACACAUGGGGGCACUGAGAUGGGUCAAGGCCUUCACACCAAGAUGGUCCAGGUGGCCAGCAGGGCUCUGAAGAUUCCCACCUCUAAGAUUUACAUCAGCGAGACAAGCACUAGCACUGUGCCCAACACCUCUCCCACGGCAGCCUCUGUCAGCACUGACAUCAAUGGCCAGGCCGUCUAUGCAGCUUGUCAGACCAUCCUACAAAGGCUGGAGCCCUUCAAGAGAAAGAAUCCCAGUGGCAAAUGGGAAGACUGGGUCACAGAUGCCUACAUGGAUGCAGUGAGCUUGUCUGCUACUGGGUUCUAUAAAACACCCAACCUUGGCUACAGCUUUGAAACAAACUCAGGGAAUCCCUUCCACUACUUCACCUAUGGCGUGGCUUGCUCUGAGGUAGAAAUUGACUGCUUAACAGGAGAUCAUAAGAACCUCCGCACAGACAUUGUCAUGGAUGUUGGCUCCAGUCUGAACCCUGCCAUCGACAUUGGACAGGUAGAAGGGGCAUUUGUCCAAGGUCUUGGCCUCUUUACCCUGGAGGAAUUACAGUACUCUCCUGAGGGGAGCCUGCACACCCGUGGUCCCAGCACCUACAAGAUCCCUGCAUUUGGCAGCAUCCCCAUUGAGUUCAGGGUUUCCCUGCUUCGUGACUGCCCCAACAAGAAGGCCAUCUAUGCAUCCAAGGCUGUCGGGGAACCACCUCUCUUCCUGGCUGCCUCCAUUUUCUUCGCCAUCAAAGAUGCCAUCCGCGCAGCUCGAGCUCAGCACACAGAUUAUAAUGCAAAGGAACUUUUCCAGCUAGACAGCCCUGCCACCCCAGAGAAGAUUCGCAAUGCCUGCGUGGACAAGUUCACCACCCUGUGUGUCACUGGUACACCGGAAAACUGUAGACCCUGGUCUCUGAGGGUCUGAAGAGAAAGUCCACCGCAGACUUUUCUUGUGCUAGGCCAGGCUUCCAUGGGGCAGGAAGCACAUACUGCAGAACAUGGAUCUAUAAAAGUCACAGGAUGACAAAGUUAUGAUUCAUCAGGUUGGCAUUUGGAAGAAAAUGAAAUGCAUCGGAAGAUUUUAAUAAAAAAAUAUAAUUUGCAAACAUAAUGAUAAGCACAAAGUAUUUGGCCUAAGUGGUAAAUAUGCAAUUAGGAUAAUUUGUGUCUGUUUUAAUGAGGUAUUUGGAGUAGAUUUAGAAAGUGUUGGUAUUGUGUUCCCCCUCCCUGGAGAGCUUGUGUAAUCUCAAGUCCUGACAGUGUCUGUCCUUCAAAGGGAAAGCUCUCCUUUCAAACCAAUGAAUAUAUAAAACCUCAGGUCCAUACUCAAAUUAUGCAAUGACCCAAUGGGGUAAGAUUAAAACCUCUAACCACCUUUGGCUCAUUGGAGAGAAUAAAGAAUGAAACAAAUUCAUUACUUGGAUCCGAUUUUGUUAAACUGCAUGAAGAUGACCCUAUAACACAAAUGUCCAACCAGCUUAAUUACUGAGUAUCUACAAUGUGCCAGAUGUCUUCCCCUUAACAUAUUUCCAAAAAAGAAAAAAAAAUCAGAUUUCAGAAUCUUCUUCAUUGGAAGCCAGAGUAAUUUCCAUGCAGGAACGAUGCUGUCAAAAUCAAGAUCAACCAGAAGAAAUGGAGUCAAGGAGCCUGGGUUCUCAUCUCAGCUCUGUCUCUAGCCAUCUGUGUGACCUUGGACUGUCAAUUCCCCUUCCUUUGCUUUAUUUUUCUGCAAAACGAAAGGUUUGAGCUGGAAUGAUAUCUAAGAUCUUCUUCCUCUCCCAAAGUCUAUAAAUAUAUGACCUGAAAACUGGUUAUAUAAGGGAUCUGUAACCAUCAGAGAUUUGACUCCCUUACUAUUAUGUGAUAUGUGGGCCUAAUGAAUUCUGCUUAGAGUCCAGUUGGUGAAGAGAACAGGAGAAAAACAAGCAUACCCUUUUGUUACUCCAGCAGGUGAUUUCAUCAUGAAUUGGUGCUAGGUGGACUAGGUGACAUUGUUGGUGUUGUGUGUUGGUUCGUUACUGUAAAAAAUCCUCAAUCUUCUACCAGAUAGAGCCCAUGGCUUUGGCCCUGGAAGGAGGAGAGUGGAAACAUUGUAGUUGACUGGUACUUGAUUUUAUUAAUAAAUGAACUGUCAGCUG